GAGUUAUAAAAUUCUGGCAGCUUCCCUGCGAUUUUUGAAACGCCUAUAACGAUUGGCCAGCAACUUUUCACAAGCUAAAGAAACAGAGGAUACCAUUGGCUAGAGUUACUCAGGCGGCGAACGGAAGGUGGACUCUAGAAUGUUAGGCCCGUGGUUGCCAUAGCGACGAGGAGACUGCACUGGGUCAGAUUCAGCCCUCCCGGACCGGGCGAGGUGGUUAGAAGAACAUGUAGUAGAGCUUUUCAGCAAACAAAUUGGAACAUAUCACUGAACUUUGCUAACAUGGACGACCCUGCACAAGAAGACCAAAACCGUGGCAAAUCCAGACAUGCCAACAAAGUACAGAAAGGUUUUACUGCUGCGUAUCCAACACAAUCCUCCAUUCCUUUUAGGUUUCAGACUUUGGAAGUUCCAAGUUCAGAAAGAAAAGGAUUUAAUAGUCAAGCCAAGCGAUUUUAUUAUAAACAGGAUGAUAUCCCAGGUCCUGGGUUCUACAACGUCAUUCACCAAUCUCCAGUGUCCAACAGUGUCUCGCUGUCUAAGAAAGGAACAUGCACUUUUCCUUCUAUGCGUGCCAGAUUGGACACCAUCAUUUCUAAAUAUCCUGCAGCGAAUGCAUACUCUAUCCCAUCAUAUAUUCUUUCAAAGAAAGACUUCAGUAAUUCCUGUUCCAGCAUGUUCCAGUUGCCAAGCUUUGCCAAAGUUCUCAAGUUUGAAACUCCUGCACCAAACCAUUACAAUGCCUCUAUCUCUUACUGCAAGCAGAAAAACAAUGUCUGUGCCCGAGCCGGGUUUAUGUCAAAAACCCAAAGAGGAAUUUUCACUAUUACUGAAACAGGACCUGCUCCAGGGCAUUAUAAUAUCAACGAAUCCCUUGUGAAGCAGUCACCAAAGAUGUUAAUGUCUUGUUUUAAAUCAAAAACUGACCGUGGAUUAAAACUGCUGUCAACAGGCCCAGGACCCGGUUCUUACAACCCUAACGACCAUACCAAAGUUCCGAAGAAGACUCUUAUUCCGAAAAACCCCAUCCUGAACUUCUCGGCCCAGCCUUUGCCUCUCCCGCCAAAGCCGCCUUUCCCAGGCCCUGGUCAGUAUGACAUCGUGGACUACACAGGGCCCCCCAAGCAUUUCAUCUCGAGUGCGUCGUUCGUGUCGAACACCAGCCGAUGGGCAGUGGAUCCGUCCCAGCCAGGACUGCCUGGUCCAGCCACGUACAAGCCGGAAUUCCCAGGAAAGCAGUCCUUCCUCUACAACGAGGAUAACAAAUGGAUCCCAGUGUUGUAG